AUGCUUCGGCAAGAAGGCACCCCGAACACGCGCAGAAGCACCCCUGCAGAAAGGAAACCCUCCCCUCCCUCGAGAGCUCAGCGAGCGAAGGAAGGGCCACGCAGGCGCCUCCCGCGGACCAAGCAUCCAAUCAGGGCACACCUCAACCUCAGGCUCGGUCCUGAUUGGCUGAGGCGGCUGAGUGAGGCGGGGCGGCCCCAGGGCGCUAAGCGGGGAGGAAGCGGGGAGCUGCUGCUGACGCGCUUCUUGGAGCCAUCUUGGAUGGGGCUGGCUCAGAAGUGGCUCCUACUCCUGCCAGGGAAGGAGGUCAGCUUUCGACCUGUACCAGGCUCAGCACAUCUCACCUGCUCCUUCAGGUGCCCACAGCCUUGCAGAACAGUGUUCAGAUGCCACUGCUUUCUGCCCUGUCCCUCCCACGGUGGGUCUCGGAAUGUGAGAAGUGAAACUUCACCAGGCACCGCCCCUGGGUGCACAGGGGCCCUCGGAGACCUAUCUGUCGGGCUGGCUGUUCUGCCCGGCCAUCCACAGGUCCUCACCAUGAACAGUGCCACGGCUGCCCUCCUCGCGUGGGCUCUCAUUUCAGUCAGCAGCAGAGGCCACGGCGGAGGGGAGGCCUGGCCCCCACACACAGCUUGCAGCGCUGGGGGUUUGGAAGUGCUCUACCAGAGUUGCGAUCCCCUACAGGAUUUUGGCCUUUCUAUUGACCAGUGUUCCAAACACUUACAAUCAAAUCUCAACAUUAGAUUUGGAGUCAUUCUGAAGGAGGACAUCAGAGAGCUAUUUCUUGACAUAGCUCUUGUCAUGAAAGGUUCUUAUGUCCUGAACUUCUCCUAUCCCAUCUGCGAGGAAGACCUGCCCAAGUUUUCUUUCUGUGGAAGAAGGAAAGGAGGUGCUGGGGACAAGGAACAAGAUGGUUACGUACUGACUAGGAGAGCUGGGUCGGUCUUGAGCCCGUGUCUUCUGCCUACAUCGAUCAUCGGCCUGGACCACCCAAAAGCAGUAACAGAAGCAUACGAGCAGCUAUUCUAUGCUGGUCCUGUCGCUAACCUGGGACUUGAUAUUCCUGAGGGAAAAUACCAGGUCCUGCUGAAACUGUAUAAUGAAAACCGUGCGACUGUGGCCUGUGCCAACGCCACUGUCACGUGCUCCUGACUGGCCUGCGGGAGAAAACACAGCAAGCUCCGCGUCAUGGGAACCUCAAGGCCCCAGACCCAGCCUGCCCGUAAGCCCAGAAGCGGUCGACAAGAAGCUCCUCGGAGGGCCCCGCUGCCAGGCUCAGCUCCAGGCUCCCAUGUCCCCACGCCCCAUGAGCUGCUCCCGAAGAGCCUCGUCGCUGCACGAAGCAGGCUUGAGGACCAUUCUGUAACGGUUCCUCUUCCGCAAUUCCCCCCCCUCGUUACACUUACCUCCUGUUCAAUGCCUCGGAAACCCUUCUUCAGAGAAAGCAGGCCCGCUGCUGUUCAGUGAGCCUUAGUGCACGGCUGCCAGGAAAGGGUGGAGAUACGGCUUAGCAAUUAAAGGCAUUUACCUGUGAAACCUAAGGACCCAGGUUCGAUUCCCCAGGACCCACAUAAGCCAGAUGUACAAGGUGGCACA